AUGGGAGAAUGUUUAUGGGGGCACAUUCGAAGAGAUCUUGUCCAAGAAAUGGAUCAGAACAAAUCGACUUGGUUCCCAAUAUUUGAAGCAUGGGAAGAAGGAUAUUUUAACACGCAUCGUGAGGGCCUAAUUUGGGAUUCAGUGUCCGGUUGUCCCCCGAGUCACGAAAUGUACUUCCCUCUAGCAGGACUUCUUAUUGCACAAAGGUACGGUAUCGGGAUUCACCUGUUAAUCCUCGAUGCGAGUGCCACUUUCUUCCCGAUAUUAAGUCCUCCGGCUGAUCGACAACCACUAUUCAUAACGCUUGCACUUGUUAACGAUACCCACUUCAUACAUGUUAAGCUGGAAGGGGAUUAUCCAAUGCCACCAAUAAACGGGCUAUGGUUGACGCACCGAAGAACUCAUGCGGGACAAUGGGAAGAUAUGUACAUGCCAAGUCUAGGAUUUUUGUAA